GCGGCGGGAGCGAGCCAGCGAGCGAGCGAGGGAGGGAGGGAGGGAGGGGCCGCGCCAUGCCGCGACCGGAGGAGUCGCUGGACCUGCGGGUGAGGAGCCGGAGCCGCGCCUCGGGCCCGUGCCGGGGGCCCCGCCUCGGAGACACAAUGGCGCAACUUGAUUCUGAGGUGAAAGAAGAGCGGUUGAGAGAAGACUUGAGAUUUUACUUCAUGAACCCCUGUGAGAAAUACCGGGCCAGACACCAGAUUCCGUGGAAACUGGGUUUGCAGAUUUUGAAGAUACUCAUGGUCACCACACAGCUCGUUCGAUUUGGCCUAAGUAACCAGUUGGUGGUUGCUUUCAAAGAAGAUAACACUGUUGCUUUCAAGCACUUGUUUUUGAAAAACUAUUCUGGCACAGAUGAAGAUGACUACAGCUGCAGCAUUUAUACUCAAGAGGACGCCUAUGAGAGCAUCUUUUUUGCUAUUAAUCAGUAUCAUCUACUGAAGAACAUCUCCCUGGCGACUCUUGAUUAUGGAGCAAAUGAAGACAACAGGAUUGGCUUAAAAGUCUGCAAGCAGCAUUACAAGAGAGGAAGCGUGCUGUCUUCUAACGAGACCCUGAACGUUGACAGAGACAUCGAGAUAGACUGUGUUCUCCUAGACCUCCCAACACUUGCCGACAGCUCUCAGGCCUGGAAGCAGUCUGCUUUCUUCAAACUGGAGUUUUACCGACUCUUGCAAGUUGAAAUCUCCUUUCACCUCAAAGGCAUUGACCUUCAGAAGAUCCAUUCCCGAGAGUUACCAGACUGUUACGUCUUUCAGAACACGGUCGUCUUUGAUAAUAAAGCUCACAGUGGCAAAAUCAAAGUCUAUUUUGACAGCGAAGCCACCAUUGAAGAAUGUAAAGCCUUGAACAUAUCUGGACCUGCUCAGAGAAACAUUCCGUAUGUACUGGUGUUCGACACGUUUGUCAUUUUGAUUUGCUUGGCAUCUCUUGUCCUGUGCACCAGAUCCAUUGUCCUCGCCCUAAGGUUACGGAAGCGAUUUCUAGAUUUCUUCCUGGAGAAGUACCAGAGACAUGCGUGUGCUGCUGACCGGUGGGAGUUUGUCAAUGGAUGGUAUGUCCUGGUGAUCAUCAGCGACCUGAUGACCAUAGUUGGAUCUGUACUAAAAAUGGAAAUCAAAGCAAAGAAUCUCACGAAUUACAAUCUCUGCAGCAUUUUGCUGGGGACAUCUACGCUCUUCGUCUGGGUUGGAGUCAUCAGAUAUCUGGGUUAUUUCCAAGCAUAUAACGUGCUCAUAUUAACCAUGCGAGCCUCUCUGCCGAAGGUUCUCCGGUUCUCUGCCUGUGCUGGCAUGAUUUAUCUGGGCUACACGUUCUGUGGCUGGAUUGUUUUAGGACCAUACCAUGACAAGUUUGAAAAUCUGAACAUAGUCGCCGAGUGCUUGUUUUCUCUGGUCAACGGCGAUGACAUGUUCGCAACGUUUGCUCAGAUUCAACAGAAGAGCACCCUGGUGUGGCUGUUCAGCCGUCUGUACCUAUAUUCCUUCAUUAGUCUUUUCAUAUACAUGAUUCUCAGCCUUUUCAUCGCACUUAUUACAGAUUCUUAUGAUACUAUUAAGAAAUAUCAGCAGAAUGGCUUUCCUGAGACGGAUCUGCAGGGAUUCCUGAAGGACAAUAACAGCAAGGAGCAGCCCACAAACGAGGCCCUGGCCUGCCUGUCCUGUACCUGCUGCCUGAGAAGGAGAGGAAGUGAUGACCCCUUGAUACUUAUUAACUAAGUUCUUCUGAGAAGGCGAGAAUUUCAGGCCUCCUGUUCCAGCUGCAAUGCCAAGGGACCUCCAUCACCCUGGACCAGCACUCCUACAAGGAUUGUCUUACUUGUGGACCGAGAAAGAGGAACAACUGUCAGCAGGCUGACCACGUCUGAAGUUCCAAAGUUACUUUUUUAUAAAUUUGGAGAAUGAAGAGUAGACUGCAGGCUACUGCUGGACAUUAGAGCCCUUGAGCAGUGACAAUGAAAUUGUCAAUUUGUCUGUUAAUUUAUGACAUGAUAAGAGUCAUAAGUGAAGAAGUCACAUUUUGGAAUGUACAAAACAAAGAUAUUUAAAGUUUUAUAUUUAAAGAUGUGUGUUUGUUGUCAGGGAAGGGUUUGUUUUAAAAGCGAUUCUUGGGUUCGAAGACUUCUUGUUAUUUUAUGACUUCCACAGAAGUGUAGUUGGUUGUGAAAGCCACUUAAGAGACCAUACUUAAUCAUCAAAGAGACAUCUUGGAGUAGACAUUUUUCCACCUAUUUUCCUGUGAGUUUUCUUCUUCAGCAUACAUGAAGUGAGUGCUGGCAUGGUCGAUGAGCUAACCUGAAAACAGAAUAUAUGUCACUUGUGCUAAUUCUUGGUUAUACACACAUGACAUGUGACUGUAAACUACAGCACUCGUCAUUCAUCUUUUUUUCCCAUAAUUUUAUUGAUAAACAAAUAGCGAUGAGACAGUUUCAAAUCGUCAUUCAUCUUAACACAUGAUCUCCCCUGUGCUGGACACAAAACUUUGUCAAGCAAGGAAAUAUGGUAUAUUUUUCCAUAAAUAAAUUUAUUU